UCAUUCUCAACAUAUCAAAAACCAUAAACUUUUUAGUGUAUUAUUAAUCCUUCUUAUUUACAUCUAUUAAAUUUGUUUUUCUUUCUUUUCUCAAGAUUAAUUAUAUCUUUCAUUAAUUAUUCUUCGUUGUUGCUGCUUCUUCAUCAUCAUCUAUAAGAAUAUGACUGUUAUCGUUGAAGAACCUGUUUUUGAAACACAAGAGGAAACCAAGAAAAUUUGCUUGGAUACCAAUGAAUUGGUACUAGAUGCUGGAUUUAAAAUGCCUGAACCAAAAGAUUUGGUGUCAAACAAUGGAUUUUCGACACCCGAAAACAAUGCAUUUGGCAAUACAUUCAGAGAUUAUGAUGCAGAAAGUGAAAGACAAAAAUCUGUUGAGGAAUUCUACAAGCAGAAUCACAUCCACCAAACAGUUGACUUUGUGAAAAAAAUGAGGGAGGAAUACAAAAAAUUGGACAAGGUGGAAAUGAGCAUAUGGGAAUGCUGUGAACUUUUAAACACAGUUGUGGAUGAGAGUGAUCCUGACUUAGAUGAGCCUCAAAUUGAGCAUUUGCUCCAAACUGCUGAGGCAAUUAGGAAGGAUUACCCUAAUGAAGAUUGGCUACAUUUAACUGCACUUAUUCAUGAUCUUGGAAAGGUUCUUGUUCAUCCCAGCUUUGGAGAACUGCCUCAAUGGGCAGUUGUCGGCGACACGUUCCCCGUUGGAUGUGCAUUUGAUGAAUCUAUUGUUCAUCAUAAGUAUUUCAAGCAAAACCCAGAUCAUUACAACUCUGCUUAUAAUACCAAAUCUGGUAUUUAUUCUGAAGGAUGUGGUCUAGAGAAUGUUUUGAUUUCUUGGGGACAUGAUGACUACAUGUACCUGGUGGCUAAAGAAAAUGGUACCACUCUUCCUCCAGCUGCUCUUUUCAUAGUCCGAUUUCACUCUUUUUAUGCGUUACAUAGAUCUGGAGCAUACAUGCACUUGUUGAACGAAGAGGAUAAGGAGAACUUAAAAUGGCUCCAUGUUUUUAACAAAUAUGAUCUUUACAGCAAGAGCAAAGUUCGAGUUGAUGUGGAGAAAGUAAAGCCGUAUUACAUUUCUCUCAUCAAUAAGUAUUUUCCAUCCAAGCUAAGAUGGUGAACCUUUCAAGGGGCUAGCUAACCAGUUCCACUCGAUGUAAUUACAAUACUUGAGGCAACUUAAUUGGUUUUGAUGAAGACCAAAUUACUUGAGUUAAUGAUAAAUUAUGAUUUACCAUGGAUCAAAUAUGCCAUAGGUUUUUCUAUAAAUUUGUACUCUAUGUGUUGACCAAUUUGUAUUUAUCGUUGUUCAUUCUUUAAUAAAAGUAUCCACGAUCACAAAGUUAA